AUGGCUCUUGGAUUCUUCAAAAAGCCUCGCGCGUCGAAUAGAAAUAAGGUCAUGCAGAUGUUGCCAGCCCAUCAAGUCGACCACAAUCCUUCAGAAUGGGCCCGAACAUACAUGGAGGCCGUCGCAGCCAAGGCGACCUUGAAUGUCGCAGACAAGGUCAUGGUCACUGCAAGUAAAGAAAUUUUGACGAGCGGAAGGAACAAACCGCUCCCGCCACUGCCCUGGGAGAUGGUGUCGGAGGACCAGUUUGAGCGGAAGGACAGCAGUGGAGAAUGUGAGAAUGAGGUGAAUGAGGAUUGGAUGACCGGAGGCCCCCUCCUCCGCGCGUUCCAAACGUCGGAACUAGGUACGCCGACAGCUUCCGCAACAGGAUCGACGGCGUCGCUCUUGCAAGAAGCAGAUGAUGGGGUCCUCGAACGCGAGUGGAUAAAGGCCUUGACCUCAGAUCUGCUCGGAAACGAAUUGAGGGCGACACCUGCGGUCUCCCAAAUGUCAGCCGUAGGAUCGGGCACUGGUCUUGCGGACUCUGUAGGAGACCUUCACAGGGGAAGCACAGACUCUAGCGGGAGUUCUUCACUGCCCUCGUCCGAGGUUAGCCUCGCUGGCGAGGUCGAGUUCCGCAAUGACGCCGCCGAUGACGGCAAGGCGCCCCAAGACGACUUCGUGGAGAUAGCAUGUUGCUCGGAGGAAGACAUGCAACGCUGCCUUUCGUACUCGUACCGGAAGAAGCACGGAUCAAGCACACCCUUCGCCUUCUGCGUGCUCGCUGGCGGCGCUACGGACGAGUAG